GUAGCGUUUGUCUAUACGUUUCUUCAAUUCCACACGUACGUGUGAGUGAAACGACAGUGAAGAGUGUCUUCUAUUGACAACAUGUAGAACGAACAAAGAGCUUCGGACAAGUAAUUUGAAACCGACCGUCAGUGAGGACAGUUCAACUAACGAUUUAUCAUUGAAAAUUUUACCUUUUUCAAAAACAAGUGACUAAAAAUGAAUACCAAAAGCAAUAUUUCCGUACAUUUUGAUCAGAAUUUGUUUGAAGAUCAGCAUAAGAAUUUUGGCUUUAACAGCAAUUCUCUCGAUAGUGCUACGAAUGUUAACAGCUAUGAACUGAAUGAGCACGAAGCGUACGCAAAUAUUUUUUCUACAAAUUUGGACGAUCUACUGGAAACUUCCGUUGAUGACUCGAUGGACGAAGAAACAGAAGAAUUGAUAUCGGAAGCGAUGGUCCUACCUCCAGAGCAGAGAGAACGCCGGCUGAACGAAAUCCAUCAGCAUAUUCGUUUUUUGAAACGACAAGAAAAAAGUAAAAAGAUCCUCAAUGAAAAAAACCAUAGACCAUUUGACGACACAAAUAUUGGCUUAUGUUCGGUGUGCAUGGAUGACAAUUUUCAGAUCGUUCAUCCAGUUGGAGGAGACACGGCUUGUGACGACUGCUUUCGAAAAAUGCAAGAAAAAACUAUUUGUUAAAAAAAUUAAGCUCAAUAAAUGUCAAA